GACGAUCGUGCUUCAUUCGGGUUUUGAAAGUCAGCGCAAGCACACACGGCCGAUCGGUGUGGCAGCGUGGCUAACAAAGUUUCAAAUACGCAAGGCAAACGAACGACGAAGGAAAAAAACAAACGACAACAACAACAACAACCGAUCGCGCGGUGGAAACUUCACGUAAACGCAAACAAACAAACUGUUGGGCGACUGUUCGGUGUCCUCUCAGCUAUGUACACUAAGGUCGAGCGCGGUUCCGCUGUGGGAAUAACCCAGUGUAUGGUGUGUUGAGGGUUUUUAUUUCGCUACCAAACAUUCCAAGAAAGCUGUUAAAUUUGUAAGUUGAAUUACUGUGCUUAGGAAGAACGCGACGCUGUCCAGAGUGUUGAAUGGUGCUUGCAAGUGGUGAUUGUAGAUACAUUUUGCUGUUUGAUUUUGAUAAUAAAUAAUUUCGUGUACCAAGAGCACGAAGCAAGUGAGAGUGAUCUUUUUGUGAGUGUCUGUGUCUGGAAAACGCGAAGUGAAAAUCUAAUCUUCCCGACGGUACGCUGGUGGUACAACAAAAAAAAAAACAACCCACACUACGUAGCCGUAAUCAUAACCGUAACCAUACGGCGGCCGUAGCUGUUGCACCUGCAGACUGCACAGAAGCUUAAUGGAAAGUUUCGGAACGGUUGUAGCUGCUUGUUGAAGGUUUGAAGCUGUUUUGAUGCUGGUGUCUUUAAACCCACUGGACUAUUCUGCAUCGAUACAAGCAUACUCGUCAUUGAAGAGAAAUCAUCAUAAAACUUCACAGCAGCAGCACAGUGACUGACGAUUCGGGAAGAAUGUCGUGAUAGUGUUUGUGUGAUUCAUUCCCCAAAAAAAGAUCAAUCUGUGUCCCUAUCAUCAGCUCGAAAUAUACAAAGAAAAGGUGAUAAAAAUAGUGAUUGCCAGUGUAAGUGUCCGGUGUGCGUGUGAUAAGACCCCCUCAACCCCCCCCUAACCCCUGCCUCAACUUUAGCACCAUUCUGCCACCCACCGGUGAUAGAUGCGAGAGCAGGUGCCGUACCAUCCACACAGCCACGGUGCACCGGCAACGUUGGAACGGCGCCAUGGGUGACUCUCGCGGGACGGCCGCGCGGCCACUCGUCCUGCUGCUGCUCCUGGUCGUGUGCGGCAGGCCGGGUGGUCCCGUCGGUGCGACACCCACCACCCACGACGAGCCGUAUCUCGUCAGCUCCUCCCCCUUCUUCUCCUCCUCCUCCUCCGUCCCCCCGCCGGAGGUGACGGCGAAAAGCUAUGGCGGUGGAAAAUCCACCAAACCGACACCGACGGCCAUCCCGGAGCCGGAGCUUUCCACGCAGCUCGAUGCGGUACAGCAACAAAGCAGCAGCAGUAGCACCGUCGGAGCACAUUUAAAUGGUACGACUGUCACAGCAACGGUGGCCUCCACCGAGGGAACCACAACGGCGUCCACAGCGACGACGACGACCACAACGGCAACGCCGGCCACGGCAAUGACCAAGCGCAGGAUGACUAAUCGGGACAAUAAGCUGAUGUCGGUUCUGCAAGCCCGGCGCACCGCACUGUCCCGCGACCGGUGGCGCAAGGAGUACCACCAUCCAUCAUCCUCUUCCGCCCUGAAGGCUCGGCAGCAGGCGAGCGUCGCGGGCAAUCUGGUUGAAGACAGCAGCACGCCCGAAUCGAACCUGAUCGUACCGGUCAGCUCAUCGUCGUCCUCAUCUUCAUCAUCAAGCCGCAUCGCCCCAGUGGAUGAGUUUCUCGACACGGACGAAUCCAUCCACGGCAUGUACGUGGUGAAUCCGCGCACGGGCAAGAUUGCACUCCAGCAGACGGGCGCAACCAUCAAGCUAGCCAAAGAGACGAAUAACUUCAUCGGCAUCGUACCAGCGCCAGUUGGUAACAAAUCGCUCGAAAUUACCAAGCUUACCUCGGCAAAGGGUGCGGCGGCUACCAGCACUGCACCGAUCACGUCCAGCCCGACGACAACACUUCACACCGGCGCCCGAAGUCUCUACCUCGAGACGCGCGGUAAGCGUAUGCGCGAUCGCAAAACCUUUCCACCGCUGUCGACGGAACGAUCGGUCGAGGAAAGCGAUCUCAUCCCGUACCAAUACUUCGGGCAGAAGCUACUGCCCGCCCAUCACAAGGCGGGCCUGGAUGCGCGGAAUCAGGUGAUCAACACACGCCGCACACAUCUGAACAAGCUGAAGGAGGAUGCGCUGGGCGAGAUGAACGACGGUAUCAAACCGUCGACGGAGAAGAGCAAGUUCUGGUCGAAUCGCUAUCAGUCACGAAACGUUGUCGCGCUCAACAAUUACCUGCGAAGGGGUGGAUCAUUGCCUCUCACUACGACGACGACAACGACGACGACAGCAGCGAGCAUUACUUCAACUGUUUAUCCAUCGACCAUUCCUUACAGCAGUUUACAGCCUGAAGGUGCUCCCGUACAUUCGGAUGCUCUUACGAAUUCAAUGAUUGCACUGAGCAAUCUCUCCGACGGCAAUGACGAGGAUGAAAAGCAGGUGUUUUCGCGCAGUGCAAACUUUACCACACCGAACCGUACAGACCCGGACACGCGCUCUUAUGAAGCUAUUCCAAAGUCCAACACUCCAACGACGACCAACGCCAUUGUGAAGUCUUCGUAUGUGGAACCCGUAGACAGUAGUCCUCUCACGACAACUGAGCUCCCAAGCAAUCACAAAACCCUGCUGGAUGAGUACGCCGGCUCACCCGGUGCACUGUACGGGUCCGGGUUGAGUUCUGGGAUUUCCAAGCUCAUCAUCAACUAUCCGGAUGAUGCCACACCGGAAGACUUCUAUCGACCGCUCAGUAGCUUCGAAACGCACGCCCAGAUCGUUAAUCUUCAGGAAGCGACGGAAGAUCCUGUACCGACGACAUCCGUGCCAACCUUCGAUGAAGACUACGAUACACCGAGAAAUCUUGUGUCCCUGCCGGAUAUUAAUCAAAUCUUCCGGAAUCUUUCCACACCAACUACAACGGAGAUGACGACGACGACGACAACGAGUACAGUGCAACCGACGACUACCAGCACGAUGGCACCAGCUCCCGCACGAUCGCGGCUUAACACGCGCGUCUACGUUCCUGUUAGUCGUUCCACAACGACCCGAACGAGUACAACUCCACGAACUACUACUACGACCACCACGACAACAACAUCCACUACCACGGAGCAACCUGUGGAGGAAGAAACGGAACCUCCAACGACGAUUCUUAUUCUAACCUCCAAACCAACAACGGAAGGAUCGUUCGCUUCAACAAGUUCCACGGAAGCUCUCGUAACGUCGGCCGUACCUUCAGCAACGCCUUCCGUGUACGUGCGGACAACCACCUCCCGACACUUUCGACCUUCGGCUCCUCCAACGGUCGCUUCUCCACCGAAACCAACGCGUCCGACGACCACCACCAGCCCCCCGGAACACCGAACGGUCGCCAUCUUCACCGGUCUCCGGCCUAGUCCCCCUGAUACAGCACCUCCAGCAUCGAACGGAACGGAAGCCGGAUUUAACCCCAUCCUUUCGCACAUCUUCCCGAAACUAGCCGGCCCGGUGCUCUCCACUCGAACGCCACCCAACCUGGACCUUUCGCUCGCCUUCACCUCACCACCCCCGGUAGAUCACAGUUCCGGCACGAAGAAACCGGCCGUCUCGUUCGACGGUGUGCUACUUCACCACAACAGUGACGUCGUGAUCGAGAUGCGCAAGAUGAACACGGCCACCUUUGUGCUGGCCGGGCUGGGCAUGCUGCCAAUCGUCAUCAUCGUGCUGUACGUGCUCAAGGCGACCGUGUUUAACCGGGAGAACAAAGUGUCCCACGAUCUCGAACGCUACAUCCCGGACGGUCAGCCACCGAUCAGCCCGGUGGUGCGAUUGGAACAGUCCGACACCUCCAGCGCAACGGAUGAAUCGAUCAUGACGGAGCAUGAUUUUAAUCGGGGCAAUUUGCGCUUCAAAUCCCUGCUCGGGGAGGGAAACUUUGGGCAGGUUUGGAAGGCGGAAGCGGACGAUCUGGCGGGCCAUCUUGGGACGACACGCAUUGUGGCGGUAAAAACUGAACGGAGCGACAACGGGCACGGUGAUCUGAAGGCGGAGGCUGAGAUUAUGCGCAAGCUGGGCUCGCACCCGAACGUGGUGACGCUGCUCGGUGCUUGCCUGGAGCAAGAUCCUCAGCUGCUGAUCAUGGAGUAUGCAAUGCGUGGCCGAUUGCUAUCACUGCUACGUGCGGCCCGCGGUGCUGUCAACGGGCUCGCCCCAUCGGUGCACAACAAUCGACCACCGAUCAUGCCACUGUCACCGAGGCGAUUGACCGGCUUUGCCCAUGAUAUUGCCCGCGGCAUGGAGUACAUUUCGGAGAAGAAGAUCGUACAUCGUGAUUUGGCCGCGCGGAACGUGCUGCUCGACCACAACGGUAUCUGCAAGAUCUGCGACUUUGGUAUGUCGAUCGAUCUGGAGAAGGUGAAAUCGUCGCACGCCCAAAUCCGAAUGCCCCGCAGCCACCAGCACAGCGAGUCGCGGUUCAAGUUUGACCUCAGUGCGCGAUCGUUCGGCAUCGGUAGGCAUCACAGCCAUGGCCACGAUCAUGCGUCCCAUGGACGGCAUGGUGGUGGUGGUGGUGGCGGUGCUGGAGGUGGUGGAAGUGGAGGUGGACAUAGCAAUAGUCACGGGCAUGAUACGAAGAGCCGGCCAGCGCUGCCGAUCCGCUGGAUGGCACCGGAGGCGCUACAGUAUCACAUCUUUUCCCGCGAAACUGACGUCUGGGCAUUCGGCAUUGUGCUGUGGGAGAUUGCCACGUUAGGUUGUACUCCUUACCCGAGCUUAUCGGGCCGUGAGGUAGUCCGGAGUGUCCCGAAUGGUGCCCGCCCGGAGGUGCCCGCCGACUGCCGGCCGGAGCUGUACGAUCUGAUGCAGCGCACCUGGCGAAAGGACCCAAGGCAGCGGCCCACGUUCAGUGAGGCACGCACGUGCCUCGCGCGGACACUCUGCCAGUGGCAGCUGGAGGACAACGAUACCUCCAACACGUCCGAAUAUCUGGACGUGAGCGGGUUUAGCGAAGAUCUGGAACAGGGCAUGGUGUACUUCAACCGGCGAAUAUCCGAGUUUGAGUGUGAAAUCUGAUGGCAGCAUAAACCUAGCGCACGUUUUCCUGGUGAAAAUGUGCACUCCGUCGGGUUUUGUCUACCGCGUGGAGGAGGGUUUUAUAGCAAACUCCCAGCCGGUUGAUAAUUAUCGGCAAAUUUGUACAUAUCUAGGCUCUCUGUUUUGUGUUUUACUCGAUAUAGCUACUACCCCAUUCCUGUCCUUGCACCAAACCAAUCAUCUUCAUCCAAUUUUCAGUACACACACUCACUGUAGCUACGCGCUGUGUCCGAGCUCGGUGUUAGUACAUUCCGUUAAAUUAUCUUCAUUUGUUAGUUGUGUAGGAACGGCUCUGCUACUUUGUGGGAUAGCUUUAAAACACCUGUCAACAAGCGCACUGAUUAAGCAAAGGAACGUUUAAUGACACACAAUAAUGAUAUAUGAUAUAUUCUGCAGAGUUUGGCGAAUGGCAGGAAGGACAGUUUCGCAUGCGUCACCGACAGACGCGCCUGUGCAAGUGAUAGCAAAGCAAUUUAGUGCACUGUUUAGUAAUUGUUUUGUUUUGUUUUCCCUCUCUCCCUCUCGCUUUCUCUGUCUCUCCCUUACUUGGUCCUUUAUUCUAAGCUUUUGUGCGUACAUUUACACAAAAUGUAGCACGUGGCUUCAAAGAUUGCAGAUGAUUCUAGUAACUGCAUUAGCUUGUCCUAAACCAUUACCUUUUUUUCCAAAAAAUAGUAUUUUUCCCCUUUCGUCCCAUUAGUACAUAAGAUUAUUUUAUUUGUAAUAUUUUAUACGUUUGAGGCUGUUCCGCUAUUUUGUCGGAGGGCCGUUUAGGAUUGAGUGAAGUGAUUGAAAGAGACAGUGAAGAAAAAAUAUAGGUGUCUCCUUCAAGAGGUAAUUGAGGAAGGAUGAAUAAAAAGUUUUGAUGUUUUGUGACAAUA